GUUAGGGUCGGAUCUGAUUAACACCUAUUUAUCGGAUUAAUGAUAAUAAACAACAUGAAUUUUAUUACUGUUAUUAUUUUGACUGUGUUGGUAAUCAGUUUGACGAAAGAUGUUUAUUGUGCGGAUUCAGUGAUGUGUAAUCCUGAUUUGGAAUGUCCAUCCUAUCAAUCGGUUUUCUAUAAAUAUGAUUGCUGUAAAGAUGAAAAGGGUGAGGAUAAGUGUUGCCGAUGGGUCAAUUGGAAAAAUAUUACGAUCAUAGUUCUUUGUGUACUCGGAAUAGUGAUUAUCCUAUUGUUAGCUAAUUGUUUAUUUGGAUUUUGUAAAUGUUUUCAAAGCUGUUUCUCUUGUUGCUGUAAAGACAAAAAGUAAGAAUAAAAAUGAGGUGAAUUUUUAUUCUUCUUUAUCAAUGGUCCGUUUGUUCACUCUCUCGUACUCACUGUAUUUUUUACUUUAGUCAACUUUAGUUUGCUUCAACUUACUUCGCUCAACUCAACACUAC